AGCUGACUGAGCAUAGCCGGGCAUCUUGGGCCUACUUCAACCAAGGAUGAUGCCCUAGUCCCCCUCCUCUUCCUUUUUUAUACGAUACUAGUGAAAUAUCCGAAAAGAGCUGUACAGUCUACGAGCGGCCAAGAAGAGCAGACGAUACUCCCAAAACGAAACAGUGUGAUUUUUAACGGCGGACGCCGGCGCUCAAGGAUUUCCCCGUCGGUUUUGUGGUGAAAUUUCUGGCUCGCAUCGCCACCUGCCUUGUAUGCUGCAUGGAUGUGAGACAGUGAAGGUGAAACGCCGGCCGUGUGGUGUUUUUUACCCCAGAAGGGUUGCGCUCCUUGUUAUGAGCGAGCGUGUGCCUCGAUGAGUCAAUUUGGCAGGUCGGACAGAUCCUACGGACGUGUUCCGUUAACUGGAAAAGGCACUGCACGUGAGGCAGGGCAGGAGGCACUAGCAUGGAGCUGAGUACAGAAGAGUAGUACGGGUGGCCAGCAUAGGGGGCGGCGGCAGGCCUCGGCAUGGGCAACAAGCUGAGCUGCUCCUGCGCUCCUCUGGUGCGCAAGGCCUACCGCUACGAAGACACCCCCUGGCAGAACACCAGGCGACGAGACGGACAUCUACUAAGGCUAUGGGCAGAGGUGUUCCAUGUGAGCGGGAGCGGCGGCGCGGUGAAGUGGCAGCAGGUGUCCGAGGACCUAGUGCCGGUGAACAUCACCUGCAUCCAGGACUCGCCCGACUGCAUCUUCCACAUCACCGCCUACAACUCCCAAGUCGACAAGAUCCUCGACGUGAGGCUCGUGCAGCCAGGCACCCGCCUGGGUCAGGCGUCCGAGUGCUUCGUAUACUGGAAGGAUACGAACACGGGGGACACCUGGGGCCUCAACUUCACCUCGCCGCUGGACGCUAAGCAAUUCCGGGAAUGCUGCUCGCCCACGUUCAAGUUCUCUCGGAAGGCAACCUCUUCCUACUCGCUCAAGCUGGAACCCCCAAAACAAAAACAGAAAGGCGGCAGUAAGCGCAAACCCCAAUCCACCCCGAGCUCCCCUUCACGCGGCGGUCGGGAGCUGCAGUGCACCUGUAUGACGGCCGAGAAUCUGCACCGAGCCCGCAACGGCCGUGUCCGUUACACCGGGGGCGCCGCAACGUUGCCCCGGGCACAGACCACACGCCUCACGGCCAGUUCUUCUACAAACGGCAAAGAUCGCACGGCGAGGUCGGCCGCGUACGACAAUGUCCAAAGCGAGAGGUCGACUACGACAGCGAGCGUGCAUGGCGCCCGAGGGGGGACGACGUCUCGGGAUUCCGGUAAGGACAGCGGAGCUCAAGGGGGCGGGGGAAGAAGACAGGAGAACCGGAGAGGAAAGGGGAGUUCCAGGGAAGCGUCCUCCAGGGAGGCUUCCAGCAGGGAGACGUCGAGGGAAGCCAGAGAUGCGAGGUCGCAGUACGCGUCAUCGUCGCGGAAGGAGCAGGCGAAGAGUAUGGACUACAGCGCGUCCAGUCCUCAGGAUCUGCAUGCGUCAGGGCGUUCCAAGAGUUCAGACAACGUGUUCGAAGACUCCACACGCGGGGACAUAGCAGCGCUGAGCCUAGACAGUAACACGCUGAAGCGGAUGCUACAUCCGCUUCCGGGUUCGACGCAUAGCUCGCCAGACGCGCAGGAACCUCGCACCCUCCAGCCCCGCUCCGCUCAGGCUGCGGACUCGCGAAGGCGAGCAUCAUCGCAACAGCCCGCAUCCAGGGACCGAGAACAUAGGUCGGAGGCCGGUCGGCGGAGGAGCCUGGAACGCGGGAUCGGUGUCGACCUGCCAGACGGCUCUCCUCCGUCGGACCACUUCCUGUACGAUAACCGUUGCUACGCCACGACCCCGCCAAGCUCUAGCCAGAGCGAAGCGGGCUCCGAUGACGGCGGUGCCGACGAAGGAGCCGUGGGCCUCGCGUCGACAACGGCUAAUACGUCCCAGCAGCAGGAACAGUCCCCGACCAGUCGGCUGUUGAUGGAGUACGAGACCCACUUAAGGAACGCCCUGGCCAAAGGGUUGGACGCCGAAAGCUAUAGUUUGCACACCUUUGAAGCACUGCUCACACAAAGCAUGGAGAACGUCGCGCCCGUCUACCGCAUCAAGGAGGACGCAAAUAAAGUGGCCCUCAUGCGAGAGGUUCAUGUGGAACUGGAGGCCAUUCGUAAGGAGGAACAAGCUCUCAAGACGCAGCCCAGUCUACAAGGGUUCCGUGGACUCUUGGAGCAGCGGCUGGCCUCGUCGGGAUCCAAAUUGAAUGCUCUACCUUGCAUGAUGAGCAGCGGGCUGUCCAGGCACAGUACCCUAUCGCAUGGCACCCCGUCGCUCAGCCUCGACUCCAACCACGGCCUGUAUCCACAAGCAUCCGUAGAGAGCACCGACUCCAGAAUCUACCUCACCUCAUCAGAGAUGUCUGACGACGACCGUCUGUCGUUGACGACGGCUGUGAGCGACGAAGACGAAGGCGAGUCCCGGGGAUCUCCGUCUCGUUCUCGCUCCACAGCUGCUUCCUUCAACUGUACGGGAGCUGUACGCAAAGCUGGGUUCCUGAGUGUGAAGAAGUGGCUUCUCCGGCGUCGGCAUCAGGUGGAGUUGGCGCGCAAGCGUGGCUGGAAGGGUUACUGGGUGUGUCUGAAAGGCACUACCUUGCUCUUCUACCCGUGCGACAACAGAGACGGGCGGGCCAUCGACUCCACCCCGAAGCAUCUGAUCAUCGUCGAUGGCGCAGUCAUGCAGCCCGUACCCGAGCACCCGAAGCGGGAUUAUGUGUUCUGCCUCAGCACUGCCUUUGGGGAUGCCUACCUCUUUCAGGCCCCGUGUCAAGUGGAACUGGAAAACUGGAUCAACAGCAUUCAUUCCGCGUGCGCCGCAGCGUUCGCCAGACACCGCGGCCGCACGGGGACGCUCCACUUGCUCCAGGAGGAGAUCUUUCGACUCGAGAAGGAGAUUGAGUCGGACGCGAAGCUGAAGCACAUGGCAGAGCUGCAGCUUACCGUAGUGGCAGAUACAGAGUCCCGCCAGACGCUCGCUGAUCAAAUUGGUCAAUGGGAAGAGAACCUGGAAAGGCUUCAUUGCGAGCAGUUCCGAUUGCGCUGCUACAUGGCCUCCCUACAAGUCUCCGAGCUGCCCAACCCAAAGAACCUGCUGACGCACGUGUCGAAGGCGACGAAAGCCACCUUGAACAAGCUGGGCGUGUUUACGGUGUCGUCGUUUCACGCGUACAUCUGCGCCCGGAGUCCAUCGUUGCUCACCAACCUCCUCUCGGGACGGGGAGCCACGAAGAGACGCUCCAGGGCGUUGCUCUCUAGGUCGAACAGUGCCAAAUUACUGAGUAUGCCUUCAUCUUCAGUGCAAAGCAGUCUAGAUCUUCCUGCACUAGGAGAAAGGAAUGUCAAGGUUCACUUACCCGAUAAUCAAGCUGUCAUCCUGGGCGUGCGCGACAACAUGACAGUGGAAGAGGUGCUAUGGUUGGCGUGCAGUCGCAGGCAGCUAUCCCCCAACGACCACUUCUUGCGCUUCCGACGACACAAGGAUGGCGACGAGUAUUUCGUUGCUGCACGCAACGAGAUCUUCGAUAACCUGAGCUUCGAGAGCCUAGAGUUGUGUGCGAAGGUGUUGUACCAAGUGGAACUGUCUCGCGGCACUCUGGAACGCUUGUUUGGGUUCAGCGUUGAAGCGGAGCUGGUGGAAAACACCGAUCACCAGGACGAGUUGUGCGUUUACGUUAGUCGUGUCGAAGAAGGUAGCCUCGCUCAUCAUCAAGGGCUGAUGAAGGGCGACGAGAUAAUGGUGAUCAACGGCGCGAUAGUGAGCGAUCUAGACAUGAUGUACAUCGAGUGUGUCCUCCAGGAAGAGCUGUCGCUGUGCAUGAUGAUGAGGUCGUCCCGCACGGAGCCGCCGGACCUGGCGAGUGCGAUGCGGACGACGGAUGACUACAUUGAGUCUCUCGUCUGUCCGCCGCCUCCCAGUGACAGCGUGCUCAGUGACGAGAUGAUUGGGAAGCUCAUCGUACCAUCUCCCAUCUGGGGAUCUCAAGAGCGUUCUCCAGACACGUCUGGACGACCGACACCAUCCCCAGUCCCUCCUCCGGAGCCGUCUUCCCUUUCGUGCGAACAGAUUGAAAGUCUGCUCAAGGUCAUCGAAGACUCGUGUAAAAAAACAGCGGAGCAGGUGACCGAGUACUGCCGCGUUCCCGUGGAGAGGCGGCGGUCCAGUCUGAGCGGGGGCGUACCCGUGGGUCUGACGGGCUCCGUGGUGAGCGGCGUGGUGUCCGGGGUGGUGGGCUCUCCACUGCCCAGCAGUAACACAACGCCGUCCUACGUACCCGCUCCUGGGGCCUCAGCUGCACAGGCGGCUGCCGCGGUCUCCAAGCACAUGUCUGACGUUGAGAAGCUCCGAAAGGUUAUCCUGGAACUGGUUGACACGGAGAGGACGUAUGUUAAGCAUAUGAGCGAGCUGGUUGAGUGGUAUGUGGCUGCAUUGCGAAAGAGGAAACCGCCUAGUUCUAAUGAAGUGAGCCAGCACUUGAACAACCUGUUGGAGAAUUACUUGGAACCAAUGAAAAAAGAGACGUUCCUCUCAAACUCCGAGAUCAGCGCCCUCUUUGGAAACAUCCAAGAGAUCGUUCAGUUCCAGAGACAGUUCCUGCAGAGCCUCGAAGACGCCAUCGCUGCCGAACCUGACUUCCACCGCUUCGAUCAUCCUGCCCAGUUCAAGAAUGUUCUUUUCGCACUGGGAAACUCGUUCCUGUACUAUGCUGACCAAUUCAAACUGUACAGCUCCUUCUGCGCUAGCCAUUCCAAAGCUCAAAAAGUACUUCAUCCCAGUGAAGGCAAUACAGCCCUUUCUGACUUCCUUCAAACGCGGAAUCCGAAAGGGCAGCACAGCUUUUCUCUGGAGUCGUAUCUUAUCAAACCCAUCCAGAGGAUCCUCAAGUAUCCCUUGUUACUUCAACAACUCAAGCACCUUACAGAUCCUAUCACCGAAGAGCACUACCAUCUGUCAGAGGCUCUCAAAGGCAUGGAGAGGGUGGCCGAGCAUAUCAACGAAAUGCAGCGAAUACACGAGGAAUACGGCGCAAUAUUUGACCACUUAUUCAGGCAACAUGUCAAGUCUUCGAAACAGCAUGUUGACCUGAGUCCCGGUGAACUGCUGUACUACGGCGGCGUGGAAUGGCUCAACAUCUCCGAAUUCCUGGGAAAGAUCAAAAAAGGAUUGGAGCUUCAUGCCAUGUGUUUUGUCUUCAAGACGGCUGUAGUUUUUCUCUGCAAAGAACGGAUUAGGCAGAAGAAGAAGCUAAUGGGCGGGUCAAGCAAGAACAACUCAGCCGAAGUGGAGAUAAUCCGGUACCAAGUCCUUAUCCCAGUGACGGAAGUGCAAGUGCGUGCAAGCAGCCAAAAGGACGCGGACUCCCAUUAUCUCUGGGAGCUGAUCCAUCUCAAAUCACAGAUACAGAGGCGGUCAGAAAAAGUAUAUCAGCUGUCUAACAGCACGAGCGAGUUCCGGAACGCCUUCCUGCGCACCAUCCGCCAGAUCAUCCGGGAGUCCGUGCGCAACAUGACGGUGCCGGCCACCAAACCGGCCGUCCGCGAGAAACCCGGCACUCUGCGCCGCUUGGGCGGCGGCAGCGAAGCAUCCGCUGCUUCCAGUGCUGCCAGCACCGCUUCUAUGUCUCGUACGCUGAGCGGCAAGAAGCGGAACAAGUCCUCCCAGCAACGCCACUCGGCGGGGGACACUGUCGAGGCGUACGACGACCCCCGUAACUUCCGGGCUACGCGGAGCAAGACCGUCACAGACUCCAUGAACGGCAUGGGCGCCUCGGAGGACCGACAAUCGCCCACACCAGACUCGGACAGGUCAGACAGGUCGGACAAGUCUUCAACGACGGAAAAGUCGCCCAAAGCGUCCGGUGCGGCCAGGCUCAUUCAGUCAAGCAACCCGCCGACGUCUUACCAGCCGGCCACUUCCAGUGACCAGGCGGGCUCACCCGUCUGGAAGCCCCGGUCGUCGUCCGCCGAGCGGGGUCAGCAACCGGGCAUCAACAAGCCGGAAGUGAAGGAGCAAUUUUUUGUCUACGAGGACUACAGUUCCGGUGGCGCUGCUGUCUACCAGCGAAGCCAAGUUCCGCAUUCUUCCAAGCAAUCUGAAUGCUGACCGGGUGACAAAGUAUAGUUGGAUUCUCCCUACAUUUGGUUUCGGGAAAUCUUCCCGAAAGAGGGACGGACUCGUGUCUCUAAUCUACCCUCAAUCCCUGCAACUCUAUAUUGAAGAUAAUCUUAGUGAGUAAAAACGAAAACAUGUUAGGUAUGAUACAAAACUUAAAAAACGGGAGGGCCGCAGUGCUGGUGAUAUACUCUAUGGUGUGGUAUUGGUUGGCCCCCCUUCUACAAUGUUGUACAUAACGCAAGCAAAUUUGAGAGUCCCGAGGUGCACACCCCCCACCCCCAAAUAUGCCUCGGGAAGGCAAGCUCAACUUUUCACGUAGAUGCCACGCAAAGUGGGAUCGAGGAUAUAGUGAUGCUGGUGGACGACUAUUUCGACUAUUUCCCGAUCGGAGUACCUGACCUUAGCACUGAGUGCGGGAACAGUUGGAAGAGCAACAUACAAAAAAGCGGGCGUGCAUUUUUCUUGCAUUUUAUCUUGCUUAUCGUCUUUGACACACACGCACACACACACACAUACACAUACGUGAGAUAAGCAGAAUUACAUCGGCUUCUCGUUCUUAGUAUUGUAAAUGAGAGAGAGAGAGAGAGAGAAACAAACAAACAAACAAAAACCAAGAGACAUUCCCGAAUAAGAAUAAUGUCGUGAUACAAAGAAACACAAUGAUGCCGUAAGAUGAUAUGCUAGUAAUAUGUGACCGGGAACUGUGCAAUUUGUUAAACAGACAAAAACAAAUAAUGUUAACCGCUGAAACCAUCAAACCGAAACUGAAACAAGGUGCGUAGCCAACGACUUCUGGCACGGUGCUAGUUGGCACGUGAACAACGUGCCCGAAAACGCUGCUGCAGGACAUUCCGGCCAGACGUGUUCUGGUGUAGGAGACCGCAAAUAUUACAUACAGUUUGCGAAAUCUAUUACACAAACAAACAAAGAUCGGUUACAGAUCGGAGUGUCUCUUUCCAGACAACAAAUUCCCCUGUCGUGUCUUGUCGGUUGGUUCUCAUGUUUGCAAGACCAUGUGUCCUCAUUAUUUCCCCUCUGAAUGAAAAAAAAAGAAAAAAGAAAAGAAAAAAAAUCAGCAGCGAUGUGGGUUUCAGGCCACACGAGAGGUCGACGCUACAGGCCCUGGAAGUUGUCUUUGCUCGAAGUGCAUAAUGAAAAUAAAAGAAUGAAAAAGGGACAACACUGCCAAACCCCAGACCGACUCGCACCUGUCCUUAAAAGUCGUGAUUUGUUCUCCAAGGACACUGCUUCCCUCCCCCUGUCCUUAUCGGAAGAUCUGUUGCGUUGUUGCUCCUGUGUGUGCGUUUGGCAUUUAACACUAGAGGACGUUACGUGAGUCUUUGAAACCCGAAUGUGUGUUUGAGUUGGUACGUCUUGCUGGGGGGUACACACGUGCAACGGGGAUCAACGGGGGCCGAUGUACCUCUUCCUUGUUGGUUGUUACCUCUAACUUCCAGGGUCCACCAUUGACGAUCAAAGGGCUUCAUAGUUUGUUCCUUCUGCAAUUAUUUCGUUGUGAGACUUUAUUUGCAAGUUACAUGGUCGUAUGUAUGUGAUGAGUGCAUGACAUCUAUAUGUGGUAUUUACCAUGUUCCAAUACAUGAUAUACAAACAGGUCAUCACUACCACUUCAGUACCAUGAGACGUGUAUAGCAUAUCAGCUGCGUUUAAUUCAUCCAUUCCUUUUAUUUAUUUUGUCUACUUCUUUAAGUUCUGCGUGUUUAUCUGAGAUGUAUCUGUGGAUGAUUAUUGGGGUUUUUUGUACAGUCUUAUCAACUUUUUUUUUUCUUUCUGCUACCGUAAUAAGCAUGCCGACGCCCAAAUAUGGAGGAAACACACGAGCAUAAUAUCCGAGAAAGAAGUGAACGAGCUUGAAUACUCCAAACGAAAUACUACGUGCGUAGUUGAUGAGGCUGACCUUUAUUUGCGCUUUAGUUAUUCGUCUGGCAACCUGAGACGUCACGUUGCGGAGUGUCUGCGCUGUUUGGCCUUCUUUUCUUGAGGAUUGAUUGAUUUAUUGAUGAGAUACAUAUAUUUUGCGUUCAUAAAAAAGAAAAAAGGGAAAGGAAAUCAUUCUAGAGGGGUGGUGGAAAGGACCGAAUAAGGUAAAUGGCGUAGUUUUUCCCAGUACACGUACGAAUAUAUUUGAAAUAAAAUUACUGUCAAACCAAAUGCUAUUGAAGUGUAUAGUCAAUACAACAGUCAUUUGCAAUAGAGCAUUCGCAAUUCCCGCGAUUGUCCAUAAGAUGACCAAGAAGAAAAAGAGCGGAUAUAUUGUAGUGAUCAAAAGUUGAAUGAUAACUCGCUCUCAGUCGGAAACCUAAAGAAGUGUUCCAAAUAAACGGUUGUUCCCUUUUACCGUUUCACGUUCACCCCCUCCACAAUGGAAAUAGUUUCGCUAUUCUUAUUAUUGCAAUUUCAGUGACACUAUUAUCGCUACAAUUAUUUAGUUAAUGCUAGUUACUCUAAAAGUGAAUGCGCAAUCGAUGUCCUCCUUUACUGGCGCAUUGUUUGUCAAAUAAUAAAUACGUCUUAAACGUCUUUAUUAUUUAUUAUUAUAUUAUUAUAUACAUAUAUAUUAUAUAUAUAUAUUAUUAUAAAUUAUUAUUAUUAUAUUAUUAUUAUUAAACGUCUAACAUUAUUAUAAACGUAUAUACGUCUGCGAAGUGGCGUUGCAGGUUGCCGGCUUCAUAGCAACAUUAUACGCUCUCCUAAGCGAGCAUUGUAUUUUAAGUGACAGGGGCGCACGCAUGUGUGUGUAUAGAACCAUGCCGUGUAACGCAAAUUUAUAUACAUAUAUAUUCAUAUAGAAUGUGAAGCAAGAAGUCCAGACGGCCGUGAACGCAUACAAAGUAACGGAUAAGUGAAUCUGGGGUGGCAAGUUUAAAAGAAAGUAAAACGCUAGUAGUUGGUUAAACGAAUUGCUAAAAGCACAAAGUGUUAAGAAAUGUACACGGUAAAACGUUUCGCAGGAGGCUUCUCAGAAGAGGUAAUGAAAUUGCAGUUAUACAUGACUCGAAAAUAAUGUGGUUACGGGAAAAGUUGCCGUAACCAUAAUGAUAUUUCAGUUGCUGUUAAGUUACUCGUGAAAUGUACCUGAGUUACUUCCAGCGGUGUUCCUCUUAAAGGGGCCAGACCAUUAUGUCUCCCGCAACAUAUUUAACAAUGAUGAUGAUGCUGUUCAUGUCAGAAAUUCGUAAUUUACGCAGUGUACUAGAUGAUAAAUAUUUAUGUGAACAAGAAAGCGUCUGUGUAGAAAACAGAACUCCUGAGCAGACGUGGUACUCACGAUUUAAAGUGGCUACCGUUAAACAAAUUUAUGGAUAGGAAUGUUUCACAAUGUAUCACUUUUUCCGAGAUGAAAUCAGUUGCAAUAUAGCAUAUGCUGAAGGUCACUUCUUAGGAGGGCAUUAGCAAACUCCUAAGGCAAUGUCUUAAUUAACUUUCAAUAGUUAACUUUUUCAUUAUAAAAGCUACAAAAAUCCGUUCGAUAGAUCGUCCGCAAAAAAUUCGUGAAGGAACACCUUUUUUUCUUCUUUAUUUUGUUCAUUGCGCAUCUUCGGAGACGGGUCUUUCCUUCACCCCCAAUGCGAGAGUGGGGAUACGUUUAAUGCAAAGACAAAAAAGAGAGAAAAUAUUUAGAUGCAGCAAUCAUUGAUCUCUGGCUCCAUGAAGGAGAGGCCUCCUUCGAAACGUUGGUUUUUAACUCGUAGAAACAUGUAGUAACCACGAAGAAGACCGAGAGACACGGACACAGAAGACGACACACGUACACUCU